AUGUACGGCCUUAUCUUCGAAGUCCUUGAAGACUUUGUUGUCGACAUGCAUGGGACGGAAGCUUGGCAUAAGAUAAAAGAGAUCGCAGGGUGCAAAACGGAUGACCAGGCUUUUUUGCGAAGGGCCAACUAUGACGAUGAAGAACUGUUUGCACUCGUCGAUGCAGCUGCAUCACUCCUAAAAGUGUCUUCUUCAGAUGUUCUAAAAGCCUAUGGUCGGUAUUUUCUCAUCAAAAAGCUCUCUGGAGGUGGAUACAGUGAGCUGUUGAAAUGUCAGGGGUCUACCUUGCGCCAAUGGCUUUCCAAUCUCAACGCCAUGCAUGAAUACAUCAAGAGAAGCUUUCCAGGGGAAGGGUUUAUCGCACCUAUAUUCUGGUGUGAAGACUGCGAAGACUUCAAUGGGUCCAUUCUUCUACAUUACUACUCAAUGAGGGGAAAUAGGCUUGUUCAAAUGGUAGUUGGAAUUGUGGAGGAACUCGCAAUUCAACAUUUCGAUUUGGAGGUCAAGAUGAAUCAGACUUCCUUACAAGGGGAAGGCGGGGCAGCAUUCACGACAUGGCGGGUGUCAGCUGUUGAUGAAUCUAAGCAGUGGAAGCUCUCACCAAGAAACGACGUCGAACAUCAGGUUGAUUUUCAUGACGUUCCAAUUCCUGAGAAAUGUCCUUUCUCGGGGCGAAAGCUCAAAAGGGGGACAAGCGAUGCUAGCACAAUAAUAACGUCGACAACAGCGCAAUGUCCAUUUCAUAGUGGUAUAUCCAAGGGCACAAGUCAGUCUGGAACCGCCGAGACGUCCUCAGUUAUCUCAUUUUCAAGAUCUAGCGAAGCUGGUGACGUUGCGAAUUCCUUCAGAUUCGAAUUGCAGCAUCUGACAGAGCUCUUCCCAUUUCACAUCUUGGUCGAUGAAAGUUUCUCGAUUAUCAAUGUCGGCGAAAAGCUAUCAAGACUUCUGAAUAAGUCUGAGCAGCAAAUUGAAGGCUUACACAUCGGCGAUAUCGUCGAAAUUACAAGGCCUGUGAUGGUUUCUUCGUGGGAUUGGAAGUCGCUCAACAAAUUAUCCGAUCAAAACUUUUUCCUUACUCCGACAAUCAAGGUAUCGCCCUUUCGCAACCAAUUGGAGUCAUUGUCUUUGCUUCAAAAGAAAGUCUCCAUGGCAGAUAGCACUAUCCGGUUUAAGGCUUCCAUGCACCGCUUGUCGUCCGAGCAGGUCCUUUUCUCUUUGGCACCAGAUGCUAGAAAUGUUUCCGACCUUCAUGACAUGGGAUUGACAUUGUCCGACCUGCCACUCUCUAGCUGUCAGCGUGAUGCUGUCCUUUUGGGCGAACACGUUGCCCAGGAGGCCGACAAAGCUCACGAGCUUGACAAGCUCAGCAGACGAAUGACAGCCGAAAAGGACCUGUCGAACACUCUCCUGAACAACCUGCUUCCUCAAAAGGUAGCCGAGGACCUUCGACGAGGAAAGACUGUUGAGCCAGUCUUCCAUGAAAACGUCACGCUGUUCUUCUCUGAUGUAGUUGGAUUCACCAACAUCUGCGAUCAAGUCGAACCAUGGGAUGUAAUCGACAUGAUGAACCAACUGUAUUCAGUGAUGGAUUUUCUCGCCAGUCACUUUGAUCUGUACAAGGUCGAGACAGUCGGUGAUUCCUACUUGUGUGCUUCCGGGCUGCCGGAUUCCGACGAGUUGCACGCCGAGAAGAUUGCGAACUUUGCUUUGGCAGUUCUGGAGUGUGUCAAGCACAUCAAGUCUCCCAUCGAUGGAUCUCCUAUUCAGCUUCGAAUUGGAAUACACACUGGCAGCUGUACCUCUGGAGUUGUUGGAACAUUGACGCCUCAUUACUGCUUGUUUGGUGACAUGGUCAACACAGCUUCUCGACAUGAGUCAACAGGUAUUGCCGGCAAGAUUCAAUGUUCAAGUGUUCUGUACGGUAGACUCGAACAUUUCUCGAAAAGCGACGAUCGUCAGUACAACUUCAAGGCACGGGGUCUUGUUGAUAUGAAGGGCAAGGGAGAGCAAUACACCUAUUGGCUGGAGAGCGCUACAGAUGAAAACGCUGCAAUCAAUGCGGAAUCAUUAAACAAUAUCUCAAGCCAGGUGGUCGAGAUGCUUGGAACCAAGUCUUGGAAGAAGAGGCACUACUUUAGAGGGUUAUCGGGUGAUGGUUCGAGUCAUGGCCAGAACACGACUGAAUCUUCACACUGUUCUCUAUCGGAUGAAAACGCAUCUACUUGCCCCAUUGAAGCGUUUGGCAACGAUGAUUCGCCAGAAGAUGGUGACACGAUUGCUCCCAUUGUGAUUGAUUUCUCACCGGAGAAGAGGAUCAAUUCUUGGGGCGAACUCAGCUCCGACGUGACCUCAUCUCAGUCAGAGACUGAAUCCAUCAUUUUUGACAUGUUGGCGCAAUCAAUGAAGGAUUGCAUUUUGAAAAGUGGAAACAGAUUGCAAGUCAUGGAAGAGCAGCUUCGUGGAUUCGUCGCCUCCACCACAAACAUCUACAUUGCGAAUCCUGAAGGAGUCGAGCUGCACAAUAUCGCCAAGCUACUUUUGCGAUGCAACUACCUCUGGGGAGCAAGGAAGCGGAACGAGAGAUCUCCAUACGCACUUGGUGCGAACCCUUGGGAUCAUUUCACCCUUCUUUUCAGUGCCUUCAUCCACCGAGUCAAGCAUACUGGAUCAGCCAACGCCACUCUUAGAAGCGAAAGCCAUCCUAUUGCCCAGAUGUACGAAGGGUUGUUAUCUUGUCAGGAGAGAUUAUCGGUCGACUUUGCAUUCACUCUGCUGGAAGACGAGUUUGGAGAAUUGUACGACGAGAUCAGCUUUGGCUGUCCGAACUUCAGAAGUCUGGUUCGCAAGGCAGUUCUCAGUACUGAUUUAGAGCAUGAAAGCACCGUUCACAGUAUGCUUGGAAAGUGUCAGCAAUUGAACUCGAUGGUCUGUGUGGAUGAGCGACAAACUCGGCAGCGCAAUGCGGCAAACGUCGGACUCAUCUUGGCCAUGGCUACGGUCGGGCAAUAUACACAAUCACUUGAUCAGUUCCUGAAGUAUAGCAGCGAAGAGUAUGAAAAGUCGCUGAAGGCUUCCGAUUCUAAUAUUUCGGAAAGCUGGUAUUACGAGCAGAGCAUGUUCAUGAAGGAUGUCUUACUUCCCUUGAUCGAUGAAGUGUCAGCUGUGUUACCGCUUUCUGGAUACUUGGAAGAAGGUGCAACAGAAAACAUUGCCUUUUGGGACAAGAGGGGGCAGGAGUGGAUGGUAGCUAACAGUCUGAAGAAAGCAAAGGUCCACGUGGCAAUGGAAGGCAGCAUCGAAUGGAAGUUUCACUUGGAAAAGCUGGUAUCCGCCAACGUUGGUAUCCUUGAGUCCCUGCUGGCGCAAGUCAUGACUACCCGUCACGGAAACGAGCCAACAUAUCUGGAUGACGGAGUUGAGUCGACUUCCCUAAAGCCGUAUGAGGAGAUCCAGAUGUUCAUCAAAAUUAAGAGGUCAAAACUCGAGAAUGAGCAUGAAACGACUGGUAUUCAUGAAAUUGAUGCUGAUGCUCGCUCCGAAUUAAAAGACUUUGUGAGAGUCAUCGCCGCUAGAUACGAGAACAACCGAUUCCACAACUUCUUGCAUGCGAGUCAUGUUGCAAACUUGUCAAAUCUCCUUGUCAAGGGUAUCCAUUCAACGGGAGGAUCAUGUGGCGCCAGCAAUAUUGCCCAUGAUCCGCUUGCUCGCUUUGCUAUUGUCUUGUCAGCACUAGUGCAUGAUGUUGGACACACUGGAGUCCCCAACAGCCUACUUGCUGAAGAACAGCCAGUACUUGCAGAUAUCUAUAAUCGCAAGAGUAUCGCUGAACAGAACUCGAUCGAUACAGCUUGGGGUAUUCUCAUGUCUCCCAAAUUUAAGACACUACAACAUUGCCUCUUCGAAUCGAAGCAAGAGAAACAUCGAUUCCGCCACUUGCUCGUCAACUGUGUAAUGGCAACUGACAUUUUUGACCAAGACUUGCGCGCAUUGCGACAGUCAAGGUGGGAGAAAGCGUUCUCUGUUGAAGACGAGGAAGGGCACUACAAGGCCACGAGUGUCAUUGAGCACAUCACGCAGGCAUCCGAUGUAGCUCAUACCAUGCAAGAGUGGGAGAUUUACCGCCAAUGGAACGAGAGUCUCUUCAAGGAAAUGUACCAUGCAUACACUGAAGGAAGAGCUGCGAAGGAUCCAUCUGAUGGUUGGUACGAGGGCGAGCUUUGGUUCUUUGACAACUGGGUGAUCCCAUUGGCUCAAAACUUGAAGGAAUGUGGAGUCUUGGAUCUUGUGAGCGAGCAGUUGGUGAAACAGGCUCAAAGUAAUCGACACAGAUGGCAGUUGGAGGGCAAGCAGAUUAGCCAAGAAAUGUGCUCUGGUAUCAAGUCGAGUACUCGAAUGUUGGAGCGGUCACCGUCAAGUUGUUGCCUUCAUUCUCUCUCUGCUAGUAGUGAGCAUUCAAGCAGUUCCGCCAGUCAUCUGGCAUCUCGGAUGGUAACCGAAGCGGAGUCGCUGUCGAGAGUAAUGGCUCGAUACGAACGCAAGUACGAGACAGUAUUGGAGAGUAUGAUUGCUCUGGCUUACAAAGGGCAACCGUUUCCAAUGGACCUCGAUCAACAAGAUUUGUCCGAUGUCCACAAUCACUUCAAAGAGCAGGAUUGGUAUAAAUCCCAUGCCAACGAUAGUGACAAGGAGGCGUUGACAUACAGUGCACGCGUUGCCUGA